CCUCUCUGAAAAAGGUUUGUCGUUUCAUUGGUGGAGGACUUGUCGUCAUUUGUGACUCUCGCGGUACUGCAAAGCGAAGAUGGCGGCCGAACUGGUGGAAGCGAUGAACAUGGUGAAAAGUUUCCGGGUCUCAGACCUACAAACGCUGCUGGCCUCAAUGGGUCGCAGCAAAAGUGGUCUGAAGCAGGACCUUGUGGGUCGUGCACUAAGACUAGUGCAAACAGAGUACAGUCCAGAACUCUUGAAGAAUGUCCGGCAGCUUUACGAGUCUCGUUUCCCUAAAUCAGCCGCUUGGCUGCCAGCACGACGUCCGGAAGGCGUCCCAGUGGCAUAUUCAUCCCUCAGCUCCUCUCCAUCAUUGACCUCACAGGGCCCAGACUACCUCAACGGGAUUUCCAAACCGCUCCAUCCGCCUGCAGCAGAGGUCCGGCUGGUCCCUCUGCCCUUCUACCAAACCUUAGAGACGCUUCUGCCACCAACAGAGCUAAUUGCCCACAACAGUGAAAAAUUACAGGACAGUCAGUGCAUCUUUGAAUUAACACCACUGCAAGCGGACCAGAUUCGAAAUGCAAGUGAGCUUCGCCCAGGGAUCCGAUCAGUCCAGGUGGUUCUCAGAAUCUGUUACUCAGACCUUAUUGGCGUUCAGGAGGACCAGUAUCCCCCCAACAUUGCUGUCAAAGUCAAUCAGUCCUACUGUCAUGUACCGGGUUAUUACCCCUCAAAUAAGCCUGGAGUUGAACCUCGUCGUCCUUGUCGUCCUAUUAAUAUCACACCCUGGUUGCAUCUCUCAAGCGUCCCUAACAGAGUCACCAUCACCUGGGGGAACUUUGGCAAGCGUUACUCUGUGGCGGUGUAUUUGGUGCGGGUCUUCACAGCAGCAGACCUCUUUAACCGGCUCAAGCUCUGCUCAGUUGAGAGCGCAGAACGCUGUCGAGAACGCAUUCAAGAUAAGCUUCGCUUUGAUCCAGAAAGUGAAAUUGCAACCACUGGCCUCAGAGUUUCUUUAAUCUGUCCACUGGUGAAGAUGCGGCUCGGGGUGCCGUGCCGAGUUUUAACCUGCGCCCAUCUUCAGUGUUUCGACGCAGUUUUCUUCCUGCAGAUGAAUGAGAAGAAGCCCACAUGGACUUGCCCUGUGUGUGAUAAGCCUGCUCCUUUUGAACUGCUUACGAUCGACGGGUUAUUAUCUGAGAUUCUCAAAGAGACGAGUGAAGAAAUAGAGGAGAUCGAGUACCUAACAGACGGCUCCUGGCGACCAAUCAGAGACGACAAGGAAAAAGACAGAGAAAGAGAACGAAGCAACACACCGGAGUACCCGGUUGUUGAUAUGUGCAUUCCUGAAGCAAACGGACAUUCACCUGCGCAUAGCAGCACCAGUCAGUCGGGUAGGUCUGGAAGCGGCUCUGUGGGGAUGCCUGGAGCCACAGGAGGUUCUGCAGCAGCGCCGGCAGCUGGAGGAGUAGUGGUAGAUCUGACUCUGGACUCCUCCUCUGAGGAGGAAGGUGGCGAGGCUGGAGGGGACAGUGAUGACACAGAGGACAGCGCUGAUAGUCCAGCCCCGAAAAGGGGCCGAUACAACUACGACAAGGACCUGGUCACUGCAUACUGACCCUGCAGCUCUGUCCCUCCUCACAGACUGACAUGCUGAGGCAGAGAGGCAGGAGGCGGGGCUUGAAAUUUGAGGACAGGAACACAGUCACCCUCUAGAUGCCACAACUGUCUGGUCCUCGAGCAUCAGAGCAUUUUAGCAGCUCUAGUUUGAUUUCAAACAAAAUAAACACACACUCAAACAUGUUCUGUCAUGACUCUUGAGCUUAGAGUGAGAGGGGUCCUCUUUAUCUGCACAUCUGUGGAAGCAGCUCUGUUUGCCCAGUCACCACCUUGCAGAGAGACUCUGUACCGUCCUGCCUCCACUAGAACCACUGACCGGAUCGAGCAUCCCCCCCUGCUCCACCUCAGCCUUUUUCCCCUUCUCAGAUUCCUCCCCAUCCCUUUGUAUAAACCCCAAAUGACCGGCUCUUUUAGCCAUGGACUGAUACUCACUCUUUGCAUCUGGGUUUUGUCACAUUGUUUAGGAGCUUGCAAAAUAACCGGCUUCUUGGUAGCUUUUUGAUGAAGGGUUAAAAAAAAAAAAAAGAAACUUAAGGCAUGAAAUUUUUAGAGGACAACAAUAUUUUGGGAAUCUAUAACAAUGAUUUAAAAUUUGAGUUAUCAUUCUUAGAAAUUCAUCUUUAUGGUCACCAUGGCGUCUGCUUUCAGUUUUUACUUGGUCCUAAAGAGAACCUACCUCAGUCAUUAAACGCUUUGCAGACUGGCCAGGGAGUUGGUUUGAAACAAGUGGACAGACAACAGUUUCUAAAUCCAAUUUUUUUCUGGCCUUUUUUUUUUAUAUAUAUAAACACUUUUCUAUCCUUUUGUUCCAACCAGCCAUUUUCUCUUCACAGCAACAAUAAAACCCAUUUGAACGGUAGUCGGUGUGAGUAUUACCAGGCCAGUGGUGGCGAUGAGGGAAGCAGAGAUUUGAGAGUUAAAAAUAUUCAGAAAAAACAAAUGGAAAUUUAGGAGUCCCACAAACAUGUUAUACAUCAAUGUGACUGUACUGGUAUGGUUCUAAAGCAGAAGCGGUUGUUGGCAGGAGCUGGUUAUGGAGGUUUGGUGCCUUUUUUAUUUAAUUUUUUUUUUUUUUUUUUUUUUAAGGGGGCGGGUGGUUUGUUAAGUGGUGGAGAUUUAAUCCCAUUACCUUAAGUCCAUCUUAGGAAGCCAGAAAGGCGAGAGCUCAGUUUGAGGUGUUUUAGUUUUUUUCCUGCUGAGUGUUUUGAGUCAAAUUAACAGAUCCGGAUGCUAAAUGCUGAUAACUUUUCAGCUUGGAAUUAUUUAUUUGAUAUGUAUUUUUUUAUAGUUGCUGGUUAGUUGAGCAACCCUUGGCUUCAGCUUGUGCUGUUACUUUCAGUGGCAUCUGGACUUGGAGGGAUUUUGCUGUGGGCAACUGAUAGCUUGAAGGUCAGUGGCUCUACUCUGGAUAAAGAGUGCUAGCUAGAUCAAACUCUGCGUUAAUGCAUUUUUCUGAUGCAAUAAUCUUCACCCCACCCCUCCCUACUUGGUCACAAAGGGUCCUGUUUGCAUCCGACAGCUGCUCCCUUCCUCUCCAACCCUGUUUUUCAGGCUCUUAUCUAAGUGAGGUUGUAUCUAUUAGCUGGAGUAAAAUGAGACCAUAUUUGCUGCGUUCUAAAGACUCUAAUGUAUCUCAGCCUCUGCACUAGUGUAAAUAUUUGAUGCCUGCCUCCCGGAUAAAGAUGCUCUGCCUAGAUGUUUAGGCUUCAGAUUUAUUUCUUGUAUAAAAAAAAUCGUGUUGCUAGAGGUCUGCUUUUAUGUAAUACUUUGAGAUGUUUUGGGUUUUUUUUUUUUUCUUAGUCUGAAAGACUCUUGUGUAGCAAAUGAUAAACAGGGACUUUUAAACCAGUUCUCAUAUAUUACUCUAGGAAUCCAGGACAGGUCUCUAUGAAAGUUGCAGUGCUGCUUCACUGUGAGAGUGUUGGGUUCAGUCCAGGUCCACAGGGUGUGCUCUCCAUGUUGCAGUUUUAACAGGUUGAUCUUCUGGUUUUCUUUAGCCUGGCUCAGGUGCACUGUAAUCACCCGUGGUUUUGGAUUCUGAAUGUUGCAGGUGCAUCGUCUGAGUAGAUGGCUCAAGAGUAAUUCAUUCAGAUCUUGUCUUCCAUUUUUUUUUGUUUCCCCUCCCUACCUUGAAAUGCAUAUGGAAUAGAUACAAAGGGGAACGAUGAUGGCGAUCCACCCUAAACCGACGGCACUUUGCCUGUAAGAGAGAACAGGAUACUCCAUAGAGGGGUCUUUGAACCAAAAUGGAGAACUCUAAUACUGGUCUUUCACUUGGAAAUUGCAAUUUAUAGACAUAAAGAUGAAGUUUUUUUUUUUCCUUCAUUUAUUGUGAGGUGGUCUCUGACUUCUCGUGGGCUGAUGGUCAAAGAUGAGGCGGUGUGGGUUGCUACUGUGGAACUGAGCCUCAGUUCUUUUUGUAGUGGCAUCCAUUAUUGAAAAACAAAUCGUAAGGUAAUAUGCGCAGAGGCUUACAAUUGAUGUAAAUGUUUUGUUUUUGUUUAGUUUUUUUUUAUAUGUUCCUAUUUAGACAAUAAAAUAUUUUAUCAAGCCUUGAAUUGCCUUCGAUUCUUACAGGCAAACAGACAAUAAGAAGCUGUUGAAAUGCAGCGCCACUGGACUCCUGAUGCCACUGAGAACUGAAAGGACCGGUUAAAGUGGGGAUUUUCCUUUGUACCAAAUGCACAGAUGUGGUGACACGUUUGUUGCCUGUCGAGGAUGAAACUGUAAAAUUGGAAAUGAUCGUAUUAUAACAGCUGUUAUUGAUGUGUUGAAUUAAUUAAAGUCAGUUCUUAAGAAAA